CUCAUCGGGUUUGGUUCAGUUUAGUGUUAAGCUGUGGAACGAUCGCGCGCAGUUUCGGGGUACUGUAGCGAAAGCAUGCUUCGCUGUGUGCUGCUUAAACGUUGUGCGGAUGGAUGAUGAGUUGUGUUGCAUAGCGGAUAGCUGAAAGUGGAGCCUUGAAGUAAGGCUCGCAGCAUUACUACACAGAAGGGAGACAACGAGCCGUGACAUUCCUCUUUGCGAGGAGCUCACUAUACACGGAUACCUGUGUGCAAUAACAAUCUCUACGGUCGUCAUCAUCUUCAGCAGCAAUGACACAACAAUAACUGCUGGAAAGAGUUGUAGUAUGUGAAUAAUAGGUUAAUUUUGUGUUAUAGUCUUAUGAUCUUUCCGUGAUAGAUUUUAUAGAGCUAGUGCGAAUACUUUGUUCCAAGUGCAACUUUCUUGUGGUCCAUUAUUGGUGCCUGUCGUGAAAAACAAGCUCAGAAAAGCUUCGGAACAAUCGCUGCUUUAAGUUGUAUGCCUUUACCACCAUUUGCCUCAAGAUGGUAAUUAGUUUUUGGCGAUGCCCCAAGGCUUCAAGUGAAAUGUAGAAACAAGCUGCCGAUGUGAGUGAAUCCAUCGAGAGUUGUCGUGUGUGCUUUGCUUGUGAACAACUACAGAAGGAGAAAAAAGAAAACAAGUGAAAACGUUGAUCUUUCAAGUUUGUGUUGUUUUUAUUGGCAUGCAAUGUCCGAAAAGGAGUGAGUGAAUUUGCGCUCGGCUGAGGUUUGAUGGUUAUGAGGAAAGACAUACAGCGUAUUGGGGAAGGCCUUUUGAAGCUACGACAACUCUGACGACGACGACGACCUAGGCGACGGAGAGAUCGAGUUGAACGACGCGAAUAGGCGCAGAGCUUUUUUUGGUAGUGAAAAUUGUUGUCGUCAGCGACUGGAGUUUCGAACGUUGACGUUUGGAGAUACGACGAACGGAACGAUCAUCGAACCCGAAUCCAACGGUUAGCGCACGGUGUUGUGAAUAAUUAAAUGAUAAAAGAAACAAACAUCGACUUUGAUUCUAAGCGUGAAUCGACACUGGAGUUCCAGUAGCGCACCAACAGCGUAUGUUAGUAUGGCCGACUAUUGCAACAUUAGAAGUACCAGCAGCAGCGCCAGCAGUGGUGCUGUCAGCUGUUUGGGCACAUUCAGACCAUCACCAGGCUACCAACAUCACACGCCACUGAUCAGGGCUCCGCGUGCUGGCAGCGGCCGUGGGGGUGGCCUGAUGAUGGCAGUCGACACUGAGGGACGCGUGGGAACGAUCGAUAGCAGUAGUAGCGGCAGCACUACCGGCCAAAGGGUGCGAAUCGUUCGGUUGACUCGACCACAGAGCCUAGGUCAUCAUCAAUUCGGUAGUGCGUGCAGCAACUUUGGUUUCUCCGUCCGCGGUGGACUCGAGUACGGCACGGGAUUCUUCGUGUCGGCGGUCGAAAAGGACAGCGAAGCAGACCGGCAGGGACUGAGGGUUGGUGAUCAAGUCAUCCGGGUUAACGGCUACCAUGUGGAUGAUGCGGUUCACCGUGAGUUGGCUCAAUUUGUAUCCAAUCAGGAACGUCUGGUGCUGAAAGUGCGCAGUGUUGGGAUAUUGCCAGUGAAGGAGCGCGCGGUGGACCCUCUUACAUGGCAUGUGGUUUCAUUCAACUCCGGUAGCUCAUCUGAGCCGGCAUCAAGCGCAUCGAGUGACCGUGAUGAUCGCGAUGAGCGCAGUAGGUGCGGCAGUAGCAGUACUAGCAGCAGCUCGGGCACUUUGGAGGAACUCGCUGGACGUGAUCUGAAGAUAAUCCUGUCGGUUGCACCGCGUCAGAAGCUCGGCUGUGGUAUCUGUAAGGGACCCGAAUGGAAGCCGGGAAUUUUUGUGCAGUUCACGAAGGAUGGUGGGGUGGCUCGGGAAGCUGGUCUCCGACCGGGCGAUCAAAUUCUUUCCUGCAAUGGGAAAGGAUUUUUGGACAUCACGUUCGCAGAGGCGGUCAGUGUUAUGAAGGGUUCGCAUGUGUUGGAACUGGUGGUAAGACCGGGGGCGGGUAUCGAUAUGUUCCCGGGUGAAUCCAGCGGAUAUAAUAGCAGCGCAAGUAGUGUUAACGGUGAUCAGAGUCCUUGCUGGGGAGAUUCGAACGCCAAACGGCUCAGUAUUGUGCGUGAGGAAUCAAUUUCAACCGAUCGAAGAGGAAAAGAACGAGAAAGGCUGGGGCCAAAAGCGUCAAUGAAUAGACGGAACAACACUACCAUUAUAGAAUUCUCUGAAAAUGGUACCGUGGUUAAUAAUUCCACUGUUUCGGACAAGAAACAACCAGAAGAGACUGAGGAUGCACAUGGCAAAGAGAACAGAAAAUUGGCGGACAUUUGUUUCGUUUCGAAGCAGAGUGAAACCAAAACCAUCAUUGUUGAGGUUCACCGGAGCGCGUCUGCCAAUUCGAUCAACACUGGAAUUGUGGCGUCGUCUAGCAAUGGUGCUGUCUCUUCAGGGUCACACAUUCCGCCACCGCCGCCAUUGUUUGCGGAUAAAAUUCCACCACCCCCACCUCCGAGCAGUGGCCUCAGUAGUGGUUACUCAACCACAAAGAGCGCCAAAUCAUACAGCACUCAUCAGCAACAGCGGAGCCCUUCGGUGGGAAGUUCAAUCGAUUCUGGUGCCAGCAGUGGAAUAGAUUGCGGCCCGGGCCGUUUCAACAGCAGUGGAUUGGGUAACGCAAUUUCGGAGGAACUGAAGCGAAGAGCUCAGAAGAAAGGAACCGCAACGACCAUUGAGCCGGCCGCCGCGUUAACUGAGCUGGAAAAUAGGUUGAAAGAAAAACGAUUUAGGCCACCUACUGGAGCAAGCGGCGAUGCGGCAAGACAUUCCGCGCUGAUGGACGAGUUCAAAGCGGUGCACAAGCGCAUGUUCAAAAAUGGCUUUGACAAUGCGCAGUUAAAGAGAUCCAAUUCCAAAGAUAAUUUACAAACAGACCAAUCAGUGAGUGUAACGCGUCCGACCUCCAAUGACGGUGUCGGUAUCGAUGAGAGUGGCGAUAAGAACAAAGGAACCAUGAGCCGCGUAGCGGCCACUGAGAUGGCCAAAGCAAAUGGCGACACAGCCGAACUGGAAUCGAUCGAAUCCUUCAAACUGACCAACCCGACGCCGUCUUCGAUCCGACCCCCGUCGUAUUAUUUUAGCCCUCAGAACACGGGUCCGGCAACAAUGAAGAAAUCGCAGAAACCGAUUGCCGUCGCUAUUAGCGAGUACAGUAACAACACGCAACGGGAUCAACCGAUGAAAACGACGAACCUAAAUGGCACAUCCGCCGGUGUCACAGUUGGGAAUUUAAAGCACGAACUGGAGAAAACACUGUCGCUGUCUAAUUCGCACCAGAAAAGUUUAUCACGGGAAAAUCUUGUUGAACGAAUACAUAUCGGUGCAGGUGGCAAUGGGAAUUCCUGCUCGCAGGAACAAACCAAAUUGUGUAGAAGUUCUUCGCUGGCCACCGUUGGUAAGAUCGGUGCCGUUUCCAACGGCAAUCGGAUCACGAUAGCUAUUUCCAAUUUCGCCGAUGCGAAAAAGUAGGAUUGAAGGAAAACUGCGCAGUAUAGAUUCGCAGAAACUUUUUUGUUCAAUUCAAUUGUUCGUAUUCGUAGACGACUAAUGAUUUUUGUUUGUUAUUCUUUUUCGCAUGAGAUUAUCGGAACGAAUAAGAUUGUCAGAGAUAAAUUUUUGUUUUCAAUGUAAAAUACGAAUCGCUAAGCUUUUUUUUCUUUCCGUUUAUUUUUAAAUUUACUUAAUAAUCUUUCUGUACGUGUAACUUACAUGAAAAUAUGCUCAAAAACAAUAA